GAGCUUUUAAGGCGACUGCCCGUUCCGCCUGCCUGUCCUGUGCCUGCCCAUUCCCCAGCUGCUCCCACUUCUGUUCUGGACAGCGUUGCCCUCCAGCCGCGUGGACCAUGGCGGGGUCCCGGAGCCCUCUCCCACUCUACCUCCUGGCCUUCUGCCUGGUGGGCUCCACUUUUAUCAGGGGGCAGAAGGUGCGGUCCAAACGCUGCGAUGUGAAGAUCAAGUUUGUCAGUCACACACCUUGUACCACGUGUGCAGCCAUCAAGAAAGUGGUCUGUCCUUCAGGCUGGCUUCGGCACUUCCCAGAGAAGAUAACCCAGAACUGCCAAUAUGAGGUACAGCUGGGGGACUCUUUGAUGUCCUUGAGCGGCUGCAGCCUGGAGUGCUCGAAGGAUGUAGUGAAGAAGUCCUGCUGCCCUGGCUUCUGGGGGUCCCUGUGCUACGAGUGCCCUGGAGGUGCAGAGACCCCAUGCAAUGGCCACGGGACCUGCCUGGAUGGCAUGGCUGGAAACGGGACCUGUGUGUGCCAGGAGAACUUCAGUGGUUCAGCCUGCCAGGAGUGCCAAGAUCCCCAGCGGUUUGGCCCUGACUGUCAAUCAGUGUGUAGCUGUGUGCAUGGUGUGUGCAACCAUGGGCCACAGGGCAACGGAAGCUGCCUGUGCUUUGCUGGAUACACCGGUCCACGCUGUGACCAAGAGCUCCGCGUCUGCCAGGAACUGAGGUGCCCCCAGAACUCCCAGUGCUCGGCAGAGGCCCCCACCUGCAGGUGCCUGCCUGGCCACACUCAACAGGGCAGCAAAUGCAUAGCUCCCAACCCUUGCCAGCCAUCACCCUGCUCUCCACUGGCUCACUGCUCAGUGAGUCCCAAAGGGCAGGCCCAGUGUCACUGCCCUGAGAACUACCAUGGUGAUGGGCGGUUAUGUCUGCCCCAGGACCCAUGCACUGACAACUUUGGUGGCUGCCCCAGAAAUUCCACCUUGUGUGUGUACCAGAAGCCAGGCAAGGCUGUCUGCUCAUGUCAGCCAGGCCUGCUCAGCUUCAACCAGAAUGCCUCUAUGGGCUGCUUUGCUUACUGUGCCCGUCACUCCUGUGACCAGUCGGCCACCUGUCAAGUGACCCCCAAUGGGAAGACCAGAUGUGCAUGCAAGGAGGGCGAGGUAGGGGAUGGCCGUGCCUGCUAUGGACACCUGCUCCACGAAAUACAGAGAGUCAACCAGAUAGGCCUGGUGUUCCUGCGACUGAGAGUCGCCAUCACCAUGCUGGAGCAGGGCUGCCUGCCGAUCCUCACCACAUCUGGCCCAUUCACUGUGCUGGUGCCAUCCAUUGCCAGCUCCUCCAGCUCCUCCACGACCAUAAAUGAAGCACUCGCCCAGCAGCUCUGCAGACAGCACAUCAUCGCAGGGCAGCAUGUACUGGAGGACUCGGGGCCCCCGAGUACACGCAGAUGGUGGACGCUGGCUGGGCAGGAGAUCACUGUCACCUUUAACCGGGUGAGAUACACCUAUACAUACAAAGACCAGCCCCAGCAAUCAUUUAGCCUCCACAAGCCCAACUACAUAGCAGCCAAUGGCGUCUUUCAUGUGGUCAGUGCCCUGAGAUGGCAGGCACCACCUAAGCUCCCUGGGGACCCCAAGAAAACCAUUGGCCAGAUCCUUGCCUCUACGGAGGACUUCAGCCGCUUUGAAACUAUUCUGGAGAACUGUGGGCUACCAUCCAUCCUGGAUGGGCCUGGGCCCUUCACGGUCUUUGCCCCAAGCAACGAGGCUGUGGACAGCUUGCGUGAUGGCCGUCUGAUCUACCUCUUCACAGGGGGCCUCUCCAAGCUGCAGGAGCUGGUGAUGUACCAUAUCUACAACCAUGGCCAGCUGACCGUGGAGAAGCUCAUCUCCAAGGGGCGGGUCCUCACCAUGGCGAACCAGAUCCUGUCUGUGAAUAUCUCUGAGGAGGGACGCAUUCUCUUGGGACCCAAUGGGAUCCCUCUGCGGAGAGUGGACGUGCUGGCUGCCAACGGUGUAAUCCACAUGCUGGAAGGUAUCCUGCUGCCCCCAACCAUCCUGCCCAUCCUGCCCAAGCACUGUGAUGAGGAGCAGCACCAGAUUGUGAUGGGAUCCUGUGUGGACUGCCUAGCUCUGAACACCAGCACAUGUCCCCCCAACAGCAUGAAGCUGGACAUUUUCCCCAAGGAGUGUGUCUACACCCACGACCCUGAUGGGCUCAACAUGCUGAGGAAGGGCUGUGCCCACUACUGCAACCAGACAGUCAUGAAACCUGGCUGCUGUAAAGGGUUCUUUGGGCCUGACUGUACACAGUGUCCUGGGGGCUUCUCCAACCCCUGCUAUGGCAAAGGCAACUGCAGUGAUGGGAUUCAGGGCAAUGGAGCCUGCCUCUGCUUCCCAGACUACAAGGGCAUUGCCUGCCACAUCUGCUCCAACCCCAACAAGCAUGGAGAUCAGUGCCAGGAAGACUGUGGCUGUGUCCAUGGUCUAUGUGACAACCGUCCAGGCAGUAGGGGUGUGUGCCAGCAUGGCACGUGUGCCCCGGGCUUCAGAGGCCGCUUCUGUAACGAGUCCGUGGGUGGCUGUGGGUCCACAGAGGUGGCCCAGCUCUGCCACCCGCAUGCCCGCUGCCUCAGCCAGGCAGGUGUUGCGAGGUGUGUCUGCCUUGAUGGCUUCGAGGGUGAUGGCUACUCCUGCACACGAAGCAACCCCUGCUCCCAUCCAGACCGUGGCGGCUGCUCAGAGAAUGCUGAGUGUGUCCCUGGGGACCUGGGCACCCACCACUGCACCUGCCACAGAGGCUGGAGUGGGGAUGGCCGUGUGUGCGUGGCUAUCGAUGAGUGUGGGCUGGACACUCGAGGUGGCUGUCAUGCGGAUGCCCUGUGCAGCUAUGUGGGCCCUGGGCAGAGCCGGUGUACCUGUAAGCUGGGCUUUGCUGGAGAUGGCUACGAGUGCAGCCCCAUUGACCCCUGCCGAGUGGGCAACGGUGGCUGCCAUGGCCUGGCCACCUGCCAGGCAGUUGGAGGAGGUCAACGGAUCUGUACCUGCCUCCCUCAUUUUGCGGGGGAUGGCUUCAGUUGCUAUGGUGAUGUCCUCCGAGAGCUGGGAGCCAAUGCCCACUUCUCUGCCUUCUUCCAGUGGUUCAAGAGCACUGACAUCACGCUUCCUGCUGAUAGCCACGUCACAGCCCUGGUGCCCUCUGAGUCUGCCAUCCGCAGGCUAAGCCCUAAGGACCGGGCCUUCUGGCUGCAGCCCAAAAUGCUGCCAACCCUGAUCAGGGCCCAUUUUCUCCAGGGUGCCUUUUCUGAGGAGAAGCUGGCCCAGAUGAGUGGGCAGGAAGUGGCUACUCUGAGCUCCACCACACGUUGGGAGAUUCACAACAUCAGUGGGAGGGUCUGGGUUCAGAACGCCAGCGUGGAUGUAGCUGAUCUCCUCGCCACCAAUGGCGUCUUGCAUAUCAUCAGCCAGGUCUUGCUGCCACCGCAAGGGGAUGUGCCGUCCAGGCUGGGGUUGCUGCAGCAGUUGGAUCUGGUGCCUGCCUUCCGUCUUUUUGGGGAGCUGCUGCAGCACCACAAGCUGGUGCCCCAGAUUGAGGCUGCCACUGCCUACACCAUCUUUAUACCCACAAACCACUCCCUGGAGGCUCAGCGCAACAGCAGCAGCCUGGACGCAGAUACAGUUCGACAUCAUGUGAUCCUGGGAGAAGCACUUUCUGUGGAAACCCUGAGCAGGGGGGGACACCGAAACUCCCUCCUGGGCCCUGCCCACUGGCUGGUCUUCUACAACCACAGCGGCCAGCCGGAGGUGAACCAUGUACCAAUGGAAGGCCCUUUGCUGGAGGCCCCUGGCCAGUCAUUGUUUGGCCUGUCGGGGGUCCUGACAGUGGGCUCAAGCCGCUGUCUACACAGCCAUGCAGAGGCUCUGAGGGAGAAAUGCAUAAACUGCACCCGGAAAUUCCGUUGCACCCAAGGCUUCCAGCUGCAGGACACUCCCAGGAAGAGUUGUGUUUACAGAUCCGGCUUCUCCUUCUCCCGGGGAUGUUCUUAUACCUGUGCCAAGAAGAUCCAGGUACCUGAUUGCUGCCCUGGCUUCUUUGGCAUGCUGUGUGAGCCAUGCCCCGGAGGCUUGGGGGGCGUGUGCUCCGGCCAUGGGCAGUGCCAGGACAGGCUCCUAGGCAGUGGGGAGUGCCGCUGCCACGAGGGCUUCCACGGAACAGCAUGUGAGAUGUGCGAGCUGGGCCGCUAUGGGCCCACCUGUGCUGGAGUGUGUGACUGUGUCCACGGGCUGUGCCAGGAGGGCCUGCAAGGGGACGGAAGCUGUGUCUGUAAUGUGGGCUGGCAGGGCCUUCGCUGUGACCAGAAAAUCACUGCCCCUCAGUGUCCCAAGACGUGUGACUCCAAUGCCAACUGCAUACGGGUCUCAGAUGGAGUUGCGGUCUGUGUCUGUGCUGCAGGAUACAUCGGAAAUGGCAGCCACUGUUCAGAGGUGGACCCCUGUGCCCGUGACCAUGGCGGCUGCUCCCCUCAUGCCAGCUGCACCAAGGUGGCUCCAGGGCAGCGGAUAUGCUCUUGCCAGGAUGGCUACUCAGGCGAUGGGGAGCUGUGCCAGGAAACCAACAGCUGUCUUGAUCACCACGGAGGCUGUCAUGUUCAUGCUGACUGCAUCCCCACAGGCCCCCAGCAGGUCUCCUGCAGUUGCCGGGAAGGCUACAGUGGAGAUGGCAUCCGGGCCUGUGAACUUCUGGACCCCUGUUCCCAGAACAAUGGGGGCUGCAGCCCUUAUGCCGUGUGCAAAAGCUCAGGGGAUGGCCAGAGGACAUGCACGUGUGACACAGCCCACACUGUGGGAGACGGAUUUACCUGCCGUGCCCGAGUUGGUCUGGAACUCCUACGAGACAAGCAGGCCUUAUUCUUCAGCCUCCACCUCCUGGAAUACAAAGAUCUCAAGGGUGAUGGGCCUUUCACAAUCUUCGUGCCACAUGCGGAUCUAAUGGCCAAUCUGUCAAAGGAUGAGCUGGCUCAGAUUCGAGCACAUCGCCAGCUUGUGUUUCGCUACCAUGUGGUUGGCUGCCGGCAGCUGAGCAGCCAGGAGCUCCUGGACCAGGGCUAUGCCACAGCACUGUCUGGGCACACACUGCGGUUCAGUGAGAGGGAGGGCAGCAUAUACAUCAAUGACUUUGCACGGGUGGUGAGCAGUGACCACGAAGCAGUGAAUGGCGUCUUGCACUUCAUCGAUCAUGUCCUGUUGCCACCAGAUGUACUCCACCAGGAGGCUGAUGCUACCCCAACCCCUCGGAGAAAUGUUACUACUGCUGCCGAGAGCUUCGGAUACAAGAUCUUCAGCCGCCUUGUGACGAUGGCCGGCCUACUGCCCAUGCUUCGAGAUGUGUCCCACAGGCCCCUGACAAUGCUGUGGCCCACAGACUCCACCCUGCAAGCCUUGCCUCCCGACCGGCAGGCCUGGCUGUACCAUGAGGACCACCGUGACAAGCUGGCAGCCAUUCUACGGGGCCACAUAAUCCGCAAUGUUGAGGCCUUGGCAUCUGACCUGCCCAACCUGGGCCCACUCCGAACCAUGCACGGGACUCCCAUCUCCUUCUCCUGCAGCCGUGCCCGGCCAGGCGAGCUAAUGGUGGGUGAGGAUGAUGCCCGCAUUGUACAGCGGCACUUGCCCUUUGAAGGUGGUCUGGCCUAUGGUAUUGACCAGCUGCUAGAGCCACCUGGCCUUGGUUCCCGCUGUGAUCGCUUUGAGACCCGGCCAUUGCGACUGAAGACGUGCAGUAUCUGUGGGCUGGAGCCACCCUGUCCUGAGGGCUCAUGGGAGCAGGGCAACCCUGAGGUGUGCUGGCGCCACUACUCCAAGUUCUGGACAAACCCUCUGCUGAGCUCCUUGGCACUUCGCAGUGCCUGGGUGCGGCCCAGCCCCUGGGGACAGGCCCAACGCCUGGGCAGGGGCUGUCACCGCAACUGUGUCACCACCACCUGGAAGCCCAGCUGCUGCCCCGGUCACUAUGGCAGUGAGUGCCAAGCUUGCCCUGGUGGCCCCAGGAGCCCCUGCAGCGGCCAUGGUGUGUGCCUGGAUGGCAUAAGUGGCAGUGGGCAGUGUCAGUGCCAUUCAGGUUUUGUUGGGAUAGCCUGUGAACUCUGUGCUCCUGGUGCCUUUGGGCCCCAGUGUCAAGCCUGCCACUGUGGCCCCCAUGGCCACUGUGACGAGGGCCUUGGGGGAUCUGGUUCCUGUUUCUGUGAUGAAGGCUGGACGGGGCCACGUUGUGAAGUACAGCUGGAGCUGCAGCCUGUGUGUGUCCCGCCCUGUGCACCCCAGGCCGUGUGUCGCGUGAACAACAGCUGCGAGUGCAGCCUGGGCUAUGAAGGUGAUGGCCGUGUGUGCACGGUGGUGGACCUCUGCCAGCAGGGGCACGGUGGCUGCAGCGAGCAUGCCAACUGCAGCCAAGCAGGCACAGUUGUUGCGUGUGUCUGCCUGCCUGCCUAUGAGGGCGAUGGCUGGAGUUGCCGGGCUCGCAACCCCUGUUUGGACGGCCACCGCGGGGGAUGCAGCGAGCAUGCAGACUGCCUGAACACUGGCCCGAACACACGGCGCUGUGAAUGCCACGCAGGUUACGUGGGUGAUGGACUGUUAUGUGUGGAGGAGCCCGAGCCGCCCGUGGACCGCUGCCUGGACUAUCCAUCACCCUGCCAUGCAGAGGCUGUGUGCACUGACCUACAUUUCCAGGAGAAGAAGGCUGGUGUUUUCCACCUGCAGGCCAGCAGCGGCCCUUAUGGCCUGACCUUCACAGAGGCAGAGGAGGCUUGUGGGGCCCAGGGAGCCAUCCUUGCCUCCCUUGCCCAGCUCUCCACUGCCCAGCAGCUUGGCUUCCACCUCUGCCUCGUGGGCUGGCUGGCCAAUGGUUCUGCUGCCCACCCGGUUGUCUUCCCAGCGGCAGACUGUGGUGAUGGUCACGUGGGCGUGGUCAGCAUGGGCAUUCGUAAGAAUCUUUCAGAGCACUGGGAUGCCUACUGCUACCGUGUGCAAGAUGUGACCUGCAGAUGUCGGGCCGGCUUUGUGGGUGACGGGAUCAGCAUGUGCAAUGGGAAGCUGCUGGAUGUUCUAGCUGCUACUGCCAACUUCUCCACCUUCUAUGGGAUGCUGCUGGGCUAUGCCAACACCACCCAGCGGGGUCUUGAUUUCUUGGACUUCCUGAAUGAUGAGCUCACCUAUAAGACACUCUUUGUCCCUGUCAAUGAAGGCUUUGUGCACAAUAUGACGCUGAGUGGCCCAGACCUGGAGCUGCAUGCGUCCAAUGCCACCUUCCUGAGUGUCAACGUCAGCCAACAGACCUCGCUCCCUGCCCACUCAGGUCUCAGCCUCAUUAUAAACAUGGGCUCUGACAACAGUUCUUGGGCCCCUGAGGUUCCUGGGGCAGUUGUGGUCAGCCAUGUCAUCAUUUGGGACAUCAUGGCCUUCAAUGGCAUCAUUCAUGCUUUGGCCAGCCCCCUCUUGGCACCACCACAGCCUGAGGCAGUAUUGGCACCUGAGGCACCGCCUGUGGCAGCAGGUGUGGGAGCGGUGGUAGCUGCUGGGACUCUGCUUGGGCUGGUGGCUGGAGCCUUCUACCUGCGCAUCCGAGCGAAGCCCACAGGCUUUAGCUUCUCUGCCUUCCAGGCAGAAGAUGAUGCUGAUGAGGACUUCUCUCCAUGGCAAGAAGGGACUACCAGCCCCACCCUGGUCUCUGUCCCCAACCCCAUCUUUGGCAGCCAUGAUGCUUUCUGUGAGCCCUUUGAUGACUCCCUCCUGAAGGACGACUUCCCUGACACCCAGAGGAUCCUUGCAGUCAAGUGAGGGCCAUGAGCUGAAGCAGAGGCGCAUGGACAAACGAGAUCACUUUUAUUGCUUGUUGGGAUGGCUACCCAGGGUGGGUGGUAUAGGAAGGACUGGGGGAGGGGGGGGGUCUGUCCAAGACAAUAAAGGUACCCUCAGCGGAUGUGUGCCAUG